AAGCACAAAGGAAGCAGUCGCUAUCCUACGGUUGCAAUCCUUCUCCUAUAAGAGAUAUGCUCCAUUAGCAUUAUGAAGCAGAGAAACAGCUUAAAGCAAUCAAGCUUGGUAGAUAAAGCAUGGCAAGCAACACCCCAAUAUUCCCACUACUGCUUUUCGUGCUGGUUUUCGCAUUUUUUGGGAGAUCAGAUGCGGGAGGGAUAGCUAUCUAUUGGGGUCAGAAUGGGAACGAAGGUACCUUAGCAGAGACAUGUGGGACUGGUAACUAUGCAUUUGUGAAUAUAGCUUUUCUCCCCACAUUCGGAAAUGGUCAGACUCCAGUACUCAACCUUGCUGGCCAUUGUGACCCGACUUCCAACGGCUGCACUGGGUUGAGCAGCGAUAUAAGAGCUUGCCAGAGGAAGGGCAUUAAGGUAAUGCUUUCUAUUGGAGGUGGUGCGGGGAGCUACUACCUUGCCUCUUCUGCGGAUGCCAGGCAAGUAGCGACGUAUCUGUGGAAUAACUUCCUCGGAGGGCAUUCUUCUUCCCGCCCUCUUGGCAGUGCUGUCUUGGAUGGCAUCGAUUUCGAUAUCGAAGGUGGCACGAACCAACACUGGGACGAGCUCGCUAGAUAUCUGUCAGGGUAUAGCAAGCAGGGAAAGAAGGUGUACCUAACGGCGGCCCCACAAUGCCCCUUCCCUGAUGCAUGGGUCGGUGGGGCCCUUAAGACGGGGCUUUUCGACUAUGUGUGGGUCCAGUUCUAUAACAACCCUCCUUGCCAGUAUACCGCGGGGAAUGUGAGGAACCUCCAAGAUGCAUGGAAGCAAUGGACUACAGCGAUCCCUGCCACCAAGAUCUUCCUAGGGCUACCAGCCGCACCCCAGGCGGCUGGUAGUGGUUUCAUCCCUGUGGCUGCACUCACUUCUCAAGUCUUGCCAGCCAUUAGAGGCUCUAGCAAGUAUGGUGGGGUCAUGCUGUGGUCCAAGUACUAUGAUGAUCUCACUGGAUAUAGUUCCUCUAUAAAGAGCCAUGUAUAAUUUACAUGUACCCUUACAUGGCUUCAUGAACAUAACUUCCAUGUUUCACAUGUUAUGUACUGUUUCGGUAUGAAGUCAUAAAUAAAUGAAAAUAUUGCGACCAUGA